GGCGAGGCGAGCGUGGGGCCAGAGCUGCGGCAGCAGCGCCAUGUGCCAGCGCCGCCGCGAGGGACCGGGGAGCUGGUCCAGCUCCGAGCGGAGCCGGGGGCUGCUGCCACCCCCCGCGGGGGCUGUGAGCACCCUGGGAGGGGAUCGCCCCAGAGAUAAGGGCUUGGGGCUUUGCAGGUGCAUGAGCGAGAGCAGCUCUUGCUAGGAUGUGGGGUGAGGGCUGUCCCUAUCAGCAUGGAUCUUGCCAGGCUGCAGCAGCAGAGCAGGAGGCUCGGGGCAUACAGGAAGGGCCCCCUCAGCGCAGGUGUCGUGGGGGAGCUGCCUCCCCCCAGAGACAUCCGGGUGGCAGCCCACUGUGGGGAGGUGUGUGACGCCAGAAGCGGAGCCGAGGCUCAUAUUUGGGCACGGAGCAGGUUAUUGGAGGCCGCGGCCCCAGAGGCGGCAGAGGAGGCACCUGAUAAAGGCUGCCCGGCUGCUGCUGCUGCUGCUGCGUGCAUUGGCUCGGGCGCUGGCGAGAGGUGGCCUGGCUGCGCUGGCUCGGGGCCGCUGCCAUGGGGCCGCUGCUGGCGCUGGGGCUGCUGGUGUGCGUGCAGCUGAGUGCGGGCUCCGGGGAGCUGCGUCUGGUGGGCGGCGGCGGGCGCUGUGCCGGGAGAGUGGAGGUGAAGCACGACGGUGAGUGGGGCUCCGUGUGCGUCUUCGACUUUGACCGGAAAGCCCUUUGGGCCAGCGUGGUGUGCCGGCAGCUGGGCUGUGGCCAGAAGGCCUGGGCGUCCCCGUAUGCCCCAUUCGGGCAGGGCACCGGGCGGAUCUGGCUGCAUCCCCACUAUUGCCUCGGUACCGAGAAUGUGCUGAAGGACUGUCCACACUUCGGAUGGGGACAGCACUUCUGCGACCCGGGCUGGCAUGCGGGGGUGACGUGCACAGAUGCCGUGGAGCUGAGGCUGGCGGGCGGCGGCAGUCCGUGUGCCGGGAGAGUGGAGGUGAAGCUGCAGGGACACUGGGGCACGGUGAUCGAACCCAGCUGGGACAUGGAGGAUGCCGAGGUGGUUUGCCAGCAGCUGGGCUGUGGCUCGGCUGCCGGUGCCUACUCUGCCCGCGAGCGCUUCGGCAAAGGGGACGGGCCCGUCUGUGUGGCCAGGGUGAACUGCGAUGGGUCCGACGCAGCUCUCUGGGAAUGCGGGAUUGGAGGUUGGGGACCCUAUAAAGUCGAUCUCCAUGACUGGGACGCUGCCGUUGUCUGCCAAGGAUUUUCCCGGCUGGUCGGAGGGGCUGGAGCCUGUGCCGGGCAGCUGGAGGUGCGGCAGCGACAGGCCUGGGUUGGUGUGUGUGAGGAUCAGGUGGACAUGAAGGCGGCCCAGGUGGUGUGCAGGGAGCUGGGCUGCGGGGAGCCGCUCGCCAUGGCCGGCAGUGGCCGGUUUGGGGCGGCAUCGGCAUCGCUCUGGGACGGCGGCUUCCAGUGCAAUGGCACCGAGCCCCUCCUCAGUGCCUGUGCCCGGCGUCCGGCCCCGAGCCAGGGCUGCAGCGGCCGUGCCAGCAUCAUCUGCUCCCCCUACACGGGCUUCCGGCUGGGGAACGGCAGCUCGGGAUGCUCCGGCCGAGUGGAGGUGGCCGUGAGGGGGACGUGGGGGUCCGUGUGCGCCAGCGAGUGGGACCUGCCCGACGCGCACGUCCUGUGCCGCCACCUGGGCUGCGGCCGCGCCCUCUCGGUGCCCCCGGGAGGCUCCUUCGGCAGCGGGGAGGGGCCGCUGCGGCCGGACACCUUCGGCUGCAGCGGGAGCGAGCGGCACCCGGGCCAGUGCCCCGUGACCGUGCUGGGGAAGGCUCCGUGUGCCCCCGGGAACGCCGCUGCUGUCAACUGCUCAGGCCGCCUGCGGCUGGUGGAGGGUGAGACCCGGUGCGAUGGGUGGCUGGAGGUACCCACAAGCACCGGGGAAUGGCGCCGUGUGCCGGGAGAGCUUUUGCUCAUACGGAAUUUCAGCAGUGUGUGUCGAGAGCUGGGCUGUGGAGAACUGGAGAAGAGUGAUGGUGUCCCUGGUACGUUUUUCGUGGAUGAAGUGAACGAGACGGAGUCGGACAUCGUGUAUAGUGUGAUCACAACCAUCAAGGGCAUGACUAAUAAUCUGACCCAUGGGGGAAAUUCCCGCUAUGAGUCUUAUCCAUCGCUCAUGACGACUGCACCAGCUGGCUUCCCUCACGGGGUGUCCAUCGUCUGCUCAGGCAGCCGGCGGGUGAGGCUGGUGGGGAGCUCAGGGCGCUGUGCCGGGCGCGUGGAGGUCUAUUCCGGUGGCAGCUGGAGCAGCGUGUGCCAGGAAGGCUGGGACCUGCAGGACGCUGCCGUUGUGUGCCGGGAGCUGGGCUGUGGCAGGGCCCUGGAGGCCCCGAGCUCGGCGCGCUUCGGUGGCGGCACGGGGCCGCUGUGGCCGUACAUGGCCGAGUGCUCCGGGAGCGAGGAGUCUCUCUGGGAAUGCGGGCGCUCGGAAGAGCGCGAGUGCGGGCGCGGCGUCGGGGCAGGGGCCGUGUGCUCAGAGCAGAUCUCCGUGCGGCUGGCAGGCGGCCGUGGGCGCUGCCGUGGCUCCCUGGAGGUGUCCUAUAACGGCACGUGGGGCCGCGUGUGCUCCAACGGCACCAGCACCGGCACUGCCGGCACCGUGUGCCGCCACCUGGGCUGUGGGGAACGGGGCUGGCUGUCGGCCGACACUGCCCAGCAGCCGUCCCAUGCCUGGCUGGCCUGGGUGGGCUGCGAGGACGGGGCCCGCUCACUCUGGGAGUGCCCCUCGGCUCCCUGGCACCUGCAGAGCUGCGGCCUUGGCGGGCACGUCCACGUGGAAUGUGAGGAGGACAGGGAUGGCAGCACUGGGACAGACACUACCCCACAUCCGGAGGGUGCCGCCAGCACAGGUGUUCCCAGGAGAAGCACUCGAGUACCGGCCGUGGGGACGGUGUCUGUGUCAACUGUGCUGUGCGUGGUGCUGGGGACGCUGCUGUGCCUGGCCCUGGGUGCCCUGGCCGUGCUGCUGUGCCGUGCCCGUGCCUGGCGCAGAGGCCGUGGCAGAGCUGCAGAUGCCAUCUCCAAUGGUGUCUACGAGGAGCUGGACUACACGGCCAUGCCGGAGUACCAGGAGGUGCCCAGUCGCCCAGGUUCCCUGUCAGAGGGAUGGAUCAAGAAGCUGCCGUAUUCCAGUGGGGACAUCGUGGAGAGCAGUGACACCGAGGCAGCCCCAGACCCCCCUGCCUGGCCCGUGAAAGGAAUCCUGGAUGGCUACGACGAUGUCCUGGAUGUGCCACAGGAGACCCCUGCUCCCAGCACUGUGGAUAUGUGCAAGGGAGUGGCACAGCAGAGUUGGAUCUGCAUCCUCCCCACAGGUAACAGGCCUCACAGCUGCCCUGUGCCCUCUGCAGAGCCACUCCAUGGCAGGCUUUGGCUGUGGGGGCGGGCAGGGACCCAGCAGCAGAUCCAUGGGUGCUGUGGUCAGAGCCCAGGUGGGGUCUGUCAGGGGGGGCACGGAGCUGCCUGUCCCCUCAGGCACCUUUCUGUGCUGUUCCCAAGGUGGAAUCUCCUCCCCUCCAAGUGCCCCAGGAGGCACCAUGGACCCCUCGGAGCAGUCCCCGGGGCACACAGACUAUGAUGAUGUUGGCAACAGCGCCCUGGAGACGGAGCCAUGAGGAUUCCCUGUCCAUGCCCCAGCCCUGGGGAUGUGUGUCCGAGGGCCCUGUCCCCAGGGAGGGGUGGUCCUGCACACAGAGAGCACUCCUGCCUGUCCAGCACUGCAGGAGAACUACUCCUGGUUACGGAUUUUCGUUGAUUUCAUUUUUAAUUUCUCUUUUUUCGUAUUAAAAUCUUAAUUGGGUAGAGACUCACUCCCAAGGCUGGGACCUCAGUUUGAUGAAGGAAUCUCCAUCCUGGGUACAUCAGCCAUUCCCUGGGGAUACAGGGCAUGGAGUGGAUACAGAGACAUAUCCCUGGGAUUGGUGGGAUCAGGGGAAGAGCACUGGGAGAUGGCUGGGAUUGUUUGCAGAGUUCUUUAUUUGGCACUGCCAAAUACACACAACAGUCCCCAGUAACACUGAGGGGGAAAGGGACAGGGUAGGACCCAGACACCCCCCCACAGAUACAUCAGGAUCUCCUCCUUGUUCCCCACGGGUGGGGCAGGCUCAGACCGACUGGCAGCAAUGAGAGCUGGCCUGGGAAUGGCUCCGGUUAUUGCAAGGGCUUUACCGAUAUGAGACAAGUUCUGAAGGAGAGCAGUGCCUUCCUGUCCCCCGGCAGGAGCCCGCGGUGGCAGGGCAGCCGGGCCAUGGCCCCUGCCUGCGGCACGUCAUGCUCCAGGAGGUUCCCGAUCUUCAGGGCGGGCUGCAGUGCCCGCAGGGCGUCCAGUUCCUGCAGCAGGGCCGGGCUGAAGCCGUCCGUGGAGGGGGCAGGAAAAGAGCAGGACUGGAACUCAGUUAUAAUGUUUCAUUUUGUUCCUAAUUUUCAUAGCUGAUGUUGUUU